GCUUGCCAUUUCAUGUUGAGUUGUUUUGUUGUGGUCCGUUUACGAUGGUUUUAUCAUCUUUCUUUGACACAUCUUGGAAAAUUUCCCACAUUUCCAUAGUUUUAACUGAAAAACAGCUGAACAAACAGCUGGCACCGAAUUUGCAUAGAUCCCUAGAAUUGAGACAUUAGAGCUUGAAACAACUUGUUGGCUAGUAAAUACUGACAUUUUUUCCUUCAAAGAAAAAUUAUACUAAAUGACCUUAAACCUAAAGAUGACUACAACUGAGGUACUAAAACUUUCAAUUGAAAGUAGUUGCUAUUUCAAGAUAAAUCUUUGUGAGAUUCAUUUCUUAGCAAGCAAAUCUCCAAUUCUCAUGCACUAAUUACUAGAGACAAAAAAUUAUAGAGAUCAGCAGAAUCACUUCACACAUGUGUAACCAUUAUGUAAAUUGUCACUGGUGGAAGCCGUAUUUCAUUUUGAAUUACUGAAACAGUAUGUUCUGUAUUGGCAAAUUAUUUGGGUUUCUUGAAGGAGAAAUUAAUACCAUAAUGGAGAAUAAAAAGGAGUGUUAUCAAUAUUUAAGCUUACAAACUUGUUUCCCAAAAAUGAAAAUUGUACUCGCCAAAGGGGUGAGUGAUCAAUGAUUUGCACUUGUGCAACGCUUUUCACACUCACAUUGGCGAGUGUGCGACUGCUAAUUUCCCACACUGCAUGUACGUGUAUGUUGUUCAUGUAGAUGUACUGGUACAUGUAUAUAAACCCACAGCAUGUUGUCCCUACUCUUAGAUCAAAUAUCACCAGCUAUGUACAGUCUUUAGGUGGUGUCAUCUCUUGAAUUCAAAUGGUUUAUAAAGGAAUCUUCUGGCCAUUAUAAACAACGAGAAUGCUGUUGUUCUAUCUAGAGAUUAUAAAAGUGAAUCAUUCAACUCACAAAAUUAAAUUACCCUUGGACAAGCUGUGCAAAUCUCAUUCUUUAAGAGCCCAGAAUGUCAAGGCCUCCUGUUGUUUCAGAUCAAGGUUGAUUGCUUGACGAUGAAAAAUGAGCACUCUAUGCAUGCAACACAAAAGAUUGGAAUUGGCCAGUUGCAGCCAAAAGAAAGUGGACACUGGAGUCAAGACAAAAAAAACAAAACAAAACAAAAAAAAACUAGCAAGCUUUGUGCAAUGCCUAAGACAGUGCUGAUUUUAAGGUUUUAUUAAUAAAAGGACUUUUUCAAUUAUUUCUUUCAGUGCCAUUAUGUCCUUCAUCAAAGCCAUGACAUCUCAACUGGAUUAUUAUUACAACUGUGAUUUUCCCCCUAGCCACUUGCGCAAAUUUGCUUGGGGAAAAAUUCAGGACAAUGCCCCUGAUGUGUAUUACUUACUGUCAAAAAUGCACUUUGAUAAAGACACACUUAAUGAACUCUUUCACAAACACAAGGAUGGUGGAGGUAAUUUGACUAGCCAGGAAGUUGCUUGUGACUGGGUACGCGAGACUAGAGAUAUCUGGUUGUCAUGGCUCCCUCCUGGGAGUCUGAAUAAGGUGCCAGUUUAUCUUGGAGGGAUGUUUCCAUUGUCAGUCAGUGAGGAUGCAGUGUGGAGCAGGCCUGGAAUUCUGCAGGGAGCAUUGAUGGCUCUAGAGGAAAUCAACCAAGAUUACAAGAUUCUCAAUAAUUACAGCUUGGAGCUCAUCAUAGAGGACACACAGUGCAAAACAGCUCUCAUUCUCAAUGCAUUCAUCGAGUUUAUGUCACAGGUGCACAAUAAAUCCAUAGUGGGCAUCUUAGGCCCGGCCUGCUCAGUUCAAACUGAGAUAAUUGCUGAAGUUGCACCUAUGUACAAUACGAUCAUCAUGGGAUACAGUGUGGAAGGUGUUGCACUGGCAGAUCGCGACAAAUACCCACUAUUCUUUAGAACCUCUCCAAGCUAUGCUGAGUUUAAAUAUGCCUAUGCUACUGUGUUUGAGUUCUUCAAAUGGAAGCAGUAUGCGUCACUGACUGAUACAAACUAUGUGUCGCAGACUGUGACGGCUAUUCAUGAGUAUUUAGAGAGCAGAGGGAUUACUUUGGUAUAUGCCAGACAAAUUGCAAAUCAAGACCGCGUUGAUAUAAAGACUUAUGUGAGGUCCUUGCUAGAGAGCUCAGCAAAGAUUAUUAUUGCUACUUUGUUUGAGGGUCUGGCAAGAGCUGUUGUCUGUGAAGCCUAUAGACAGGUGAGCAAUGUCAUAAAUGUUUUAAUGCUACAGAACUCACAAGUUAAACACCAGCAGCUCUAAACCUAACUUUAACUAAGACCUAACUUUACCAAGUGCCAAACAUGUAGAAGAGGGUUUUAUCAUUUUAUAGCUCCCAUAUAGGCAUUUUAAAAUUGGAAAUUGCAGUUCUUUCUGAAAACACACCCAGUCCCUCUGGGAUGUAAUAUAUCAAACACGAGAGACAGUGUUUCAUCAGGAUAUCCAAACACUGAGA